AUGAAGAAGGAGAAGGGGAUCAUACCAGGGAAAAAAUCCCAAAGGGAAAAAAAUGGAAAGGAUCUGCAAAGCUAUAUGGAUGAACUGUGGGGAUUUGUCCCCAAUUCUGGCGAUGAAAUAGACGACAUCGGAACGGAGGAAAUUGGGAAAGGGGAUGGUGACGGGGUGGUAACCACUUCGGAAGAAUCAGAAGAUGAAGGAAAUGGUGAAUGGGGUGGAAAGAAGGUGAAGGAGUACCACCCUCAAAUUCUCUCUCAUGACAUAAAUGGUGAGGAUGGUUGUACUGGUAGAAAUGUCAAUAACAUCUGUGAAGGUCGCAAUGGUGGAAGGUCCAAUGGAAACUAUAGCGAUGGGGAAGACAGCAGAACCAUAGAGAAAAAAAACGUAGGAAAAAAGAAAAAAAGGAAAAAGGAAAAAAAUCCCCUAAAUAAGGACCUGAGUCCCCGAAAUGAGAAGAACAACUUUUACUCAAGGGAUGAUGGAAAGAAGAAAAAGGAGGAGGAUAAGCAGAAAGCUGUGAAGAGGAUAAAAUUUAGAGAGGACGAGGAAGAGGCGCCCAUAGGUAAAACCCCCCUUUCAAAAGGUAUAAAGGGAAAUGCAGUGAACGAGAAGUUCAAUGGGUGGGAAAAUCCAUCACAUGGAGCACCAAAACAAAAAACAAAGAAUCACACCCCUGAUGAAGUCACCACCAAACUAAAUGGAAAAAAUAUUUUUAAUGAAAAAGCGGAAGCCAAAAGAGACUUCAUGAAUAUGGUACACGAAAUUAGGAAAUUAACUCUACCCCACUUGGAUAAAUUUCAACGAAAAAUUGUAGAAAAUCAUCAAGUAAAAAUUCUAGGAGGUAAAUUCGACAAAAGUCCAAAGGUUCAUUAUCCGGAGCUUAUGUUUCGAAAGAAGUCAAUGAAAAGGUACAUUGAGCAGAGAAGAGAGCGGGAGAAAAUGAUGGGCGUGAAGACGCAGACCGGGAAUUACAUUGACAUGCAGGACGUAAAUCGAAGGAAAAAAAGGAUGAAGAAGGAGAGGACUUCGUCCAAAUUGUUUUAA